AGAAGUAGUCCACCUCAUAUCCAACCAUUUUUCACCAUUAACCGUAAAAUAAGAAAAAGAAAAAGAAAGAAAAAAGUCAUCAGAACGUCCCAUCACUCACUCAAUUUUACAUUUUUGGGACAACCCAUUUUGGAGAUAUGAAGAAUUACCACAGCUCUAUAAUAAAUCUUAAGAAAGAAGUAAAAGAAACAGAUUGCUACUGUGGCUAAUAUAUAAGGCUGGAGGUGCUUGGAGACUUUUGGGUCUUUGAAGAUUUAUUUAGCAAAUCAAAAGCUUUAAUCUUAGAGGUUGAAAGUUGCGUGACAAGUCAGUAGCUAGAAGAGUUGGAUUAUUUGGAUUGUAGAAGACAAUAUCACAAUAUAUAUUUCUGCAAGUUGGUAUCUUUGUGGAUGGAAAAUUUUCCUGGUUUUCACUGGCAAUUUGAUACCAAUUUCUGUGGUGCUUCCAAUGUUGUGAUUCUAAUUGAUGUUAGAGGGUUUCAGUGAGAUUAAGCUCCUCAAUCAUGAAGGGUCCAUGUGAAAAACCAGAAAAUGGUAAAGUGGCAGGUCACAACCUUCAUCUUAUUAGGGACUCGCCAUUCCAACCAUGUUCCAGAUUAUCAUCACUCUGGUUUGAUUUGAGAGUCUUCUAUGUUAGAGUCAGCAAUUUUCAAGUUGAUGAUUCGACUCCAGAGUUUCUAACUCUCAAUCAUAUCCCUCUAGACCCCGACACCCUUUUGGAAGUUAAUGGCACUAGAAGCGGCAUAUACUCUGAUGGGGUCUCUUUACUCCUUAGAAGGGAUCGGGUAGAUAAGAAAUCAGAAGAAGCUACCUUUGUGAGUACAGAUAGUAUUCGGUUGAUGGGAAGUGUGAAAUUUGAGGUGUUUGAUAAAAAGGAUCUCAUUCUCUCUGGAGUAUUGGAAAUGUCUAGUAAUAAUGGCUUCAUUGGGGAAGCAAAAAAUUAUGUGAAACGAUGGAGCAUUAAUUGUGAAUCAGAAAUCACAUCUGGCAGUGGUUUCCUGAAGGGAAAGCACAUAUUUUGUCCGGAAUUAUCACCACCAACCAUUGAGGUUUAUGUUGCGGGUUGCUUCUCUGGAACACCAAUCAUCUUGACUAAAACAUUGCAACUUAAUUACCGGAAGAAGCAUAAUAGGAAGGGCAUGUUAGAUACAAUCCCAGAAUAUGAGAGCACUGAAUGCGAGAAAGAUAAGUCACCUGGACUUAAUUUGCAGGUGGCAGAAUACGGAAACUACAAACAAGAAAAUGAUGAAGACUACAGCAAUAUGUACUGGAGGAGGACAGAGUACAUAGAUGGUGAAGAUGGUGAACUCUCAUGGUUCAAUGCAGGUGUAAGGGUUGGUGUAGGGAUUGGUCUUAGCGUUUGUCUUGGCAUUGGUAUCGGAGUUGGCUUACUGGUUCGAACUUACCAAGCAACCACUAGAAACUUCAAAAGGCGGCUUAUCUGAUUCCUUUCAUCUGAAUUGCCAUUACUAUCUGCUCCCUUGAGAUCCAAAGGCAUCUAACAUCAUCUUGUUUACAAUGUUGCAUCAUUGACUGCAGAUUUUGAUUGAGUAGUUCCCCUUCAGUUAAUAUUCUCUUUUUUCCUGUAUUUUGCCUUGCUUUGUGAUUAGUUUGUUAGAUAAAUAGUUUAUUGUUGGGAAAUUAAAUGUUUCUGAGGCUAUACAUGUCGAAGUCUGUAUGACUUGUAUUUCCCUG